CCCACGUUGAAUUUCUCAUACCUCCCAUUUUGUAGGGUUUUCCUUUUCUCUCCCUAUCUCUCCCUCCCUCCCUCUCUCUUUCUCUACUUCCGUCGUUCUAACUUUCCCGCCGGUCGGUGUAUUUUCUCGGAAAUUUUUUCGAAAUUUUCCGAUUGGAUUCCCGACCGCUCUUGUUUUGCGGGAAAGAGAUUCAAAUUUUCCGACCGGCUUCCAUCCUUAUUGUUUUGACGGUUUUGUUCGUUGAAAUCGCUGUAUCUGAGAACCGAAACAAGCACAGGUUGUUUCGGACGAGGAUAAGUAGAAAGAAAGAGGUCUUCUUGGAUUUGAGAUACUUUGUUGAAAAUUGGUGAAGAUGGCUAGUCAAGGCGGCGGUUCUCGUAAAAGUCUGUCUAUGUCAAACUCAUCAUUGCAUGGGAAGAAAAAAUCCUCUGAGAACGGAGGACCAGAUACUGCACGGAAAUCCUUUCAAUCUUCCAAGUCUAUGGGAUUAACAGGAGAGCGUACCGUAAAAAGAUUGAGGUUGUCCAAGGCUCUGACAAUACCUGAAAGUACAACCGUUUCUGAGGCUUGCCGUCGAAUGGCUGCUCGUAGAGUUGAUGCUUUGUUGUUAACUGAUUCUAAUGCAUUGCUUUGUGGAAUUCUUACAGACAAGGAUAUAGCAACAAGAGUUAUAGCUCGUGAGAUGAAUCUUGAGGAAACUCCUGUUUCAAAAGUCAUGACGAGGAACCCCACUUUUGUUCUUUCUGAUACUCAUGCUGUAGAAGCUCUACAGAAGAUGGUACAAGGGAAAUUUAGACAUUUGCCUGUGGUGGAGAAUGGAGAGGUCAUUGCGUUGCUUGACAUAGCAAAGUGCUUGUAUGAUGCUAUUGCUCGCAUGGAAAGGGCAGCUGAAAAAGGAAAGGCUAUUGCAGCUGCUGUUGAAGGUGUUGAAAAGCAUUGGGGCACCACUAUUUCUGGUCCAAAUACGUUUAUUGAAACACUUCGUGACCGCAUGUUUAGACCAUCUUUGUCUACAAUCAUUGCAGAGAAUUCAAAGGUUGCAACAGUUGCGCCAACAGAUACAGUUUUAACAGCAGCAAAAAAGAUGCUUGAACUGCGAUUAAGCUCUGCCGUUGUGACUGUUGACAAUAAACCACGCGGAAUUCUUACUUCAAAGGAUAUCCUGAUGCGGGUAAUUUCCCAAAAUCUUCCUCCAGACUCAACUCUUGUAGAAAAGGUAAUGACUCCAAAUCCAGAAUGUGCUACGGUUGAUACGCCAAUUGUUGAUGCACUGCAUACCAUGCAUGAUGGGAAAUUUUUGCACCUUCCUGUGCUGGAUAGAGAUGGGAAUGUAGUUGCCGUUGUCGACGUAAUUCACAUCACACAUGCAGCUGUCGCCACUGUUGGAGGUACUGCUGGAGUUAAUAAUGAGGCUGCAAGCACUAUGAUGCAGAAGUUUUGGGAUUCUGCCAUGGCCUCCAAUGAUGAUGACGAAGAAACUAGAAGUGAAGGUUCCUUGAAACUUGCUUCUGAUGGAACAGAUACAGGGAGACCUUUUCCCUAUACUCUAUCAGGACUGUCUAAUACUUUUGCAUUUAAAAUCCAAGAUAAGAAGGGCCGAAUGCAUAGGUUUACUUGUGAUACUAGGAGCUUGACAGACCUUAUAACUUCAAUAAUUCAGAGAGUGGGUGAAGACAUUGACCGCCACAACCUGCCUCAAAUUAUGUACGAAGAUGAAGACCACGAUAAAGUUAUACUGGCAUCGGAUAAUGAUCUUACAGCAGCUGUGGAUCAUGCAAGGCAAGCUGGUUGGAAGGGUUUGAAGCUGCAUUUAGACUAUUCAGGAACACACGAUCGUCAGAGAAGUUCUGGUUCAGGAAAUUUGGAGUAUGCUCAUGCCGAUUCAGCUUGGGCAUCCGCAUACAGUACUGUUGCAGCUGGCGCUGCUCUAGUUGCCGGGUUGGGUAUUUUAGCAUAUUUGAAGAGAUCUGGUAACUAAUACAGCUAAAUGUUUUUCUUCCCAAAAAAAAAAAGCUAAUUUGUUUUCACUCGCUAUUUGUUGACUUGCCUAGUGCAAAAUAAUACUUUUCCCUGAGAUCGGACCAUAAUUUGGCCGGGAGGGCACAGCUUGUGCUUCAUAUGAUUUUUCUGUACAACUACUGUAUACGAAGAAAAUACUUCUACUUAUUCAUCUUGGAUGCUUUUUAUUGCAUAA